AUGAAUGAAAUUAACCCAGGAAACUUCUCAGAAAUUGCAGAAUUCUUUCUCCUGGGACUGUCAGAAGAUCCAGACCUGCAGCCUGUUCUCUUUGCACUCUUUCUGUCUACAUACCUGGUCACAGUGCUUGGGAACCUUGUCAUUAUCCUGGUUAUCGUCCAUGACUCCCACCUGCACACCCCUAUGUACUUCUUUCUCUCCAACCUGUCCUUUGUUGACAUCUGUUUCACCACCACCACCAUUCCAAAAAUGCUGAUGAACAUCCAGUUGCAUAGUAAAUCCAUCAGUUACACUGGCUGCCUCACCCAAAUCUGGUUUGCCUUGGAUUUUCUUGGAUUAGAAAAUGGAAUUCUGGUAGCCAUGGCAUAUGACCGCUUUGUGGCCAUCUGUCACCCUUUGAGAUACAAUGUCAUCAUGAACCCCAAACUGUGUUGGCUGCUGGUUCUACUUUCCUUCCUCAUCAGUGUCCUCAAUGCCAUGCUCCACACCUUGAUGGCCCUGCGACUUUCAUUCUGCACAAAUCUAGAGAUUCCCCACUUUUUCUGUGAGCUGGCUCAUAUUCUCAAACUUUCUUGUUCUGAUAUCCUCAUCAAUAACAUCUUGGUAUAUGUGGUGACAGGCCUGCUGGGCGUUGUUCCUCUCUAUGGGAUAAUUUUCUCUUACACUCAAAUUGUCUCUUCUGUCCUGAAAAUCCCAUCAGCUGAUGGAAAGUAUAAAGCCUUCUCCAUCUGUGUGUCACACUUAAUUGUUGUUUCCUUGUUCUAUGGGACAGCUUUUGGGGUGUACCUCAGUUCUACAGGUACACUUUCCUCCAGAAAAAGUGCAGUAGCCUCAGUGAUGUACACUGUGGUCACCCCCAUGAUGAACCCCUUUAUCUACAGUCUGAGAAACAAGGACAUGAUAGGGGCUUUAAGGAGACUUAUUUCUAGAACAACAUCUUUCCCUUAA